CUGAGUGAAGAUGGCGGCGGCGGCGGCGCUGGGUGAGGAGCGGCGGUUCGGUCUCUCCUGUGAGAAGCUGAACUCGGGCGCGCGGCUCUCGCUUUUCCAUGUCAAACUGACGGACACGGCGGUGCGGGCUCUGGAGGUUUACCGGCGGCUGGCGGCUUCCUUACCAAAUCAACCAGUAAUCUGCUUCCAGGGAAAUCAGGGGCAGUACAUCAAAAUUCCUGCUCCUAAAUCAGACUGUCAUGAUGGUGUGCGGUGUUUUUCAUUCUACUUGUCGACUGACAGCAAAGACAAGCCUCAAGCAAGUUUUGAUUGUAUCCACCAGUAUGUUUCAAGUUUUGAAAGAGACCAACUUGACUGCCUGGGAAGUAUUCAGGAUAAAAUCACAGUUUGUGCCACUGAUGACUCUUACCAGAUGACUCGAGAACGAAUGUCACAAGUGGAGAAGGAGUCAUGGAGUCGAACAACUAUAGAAAUUAAACCAGGGUCGUCAUAUCAAGGUGUACGAAAGCCAGUCCAUAUUCGAAAACAAGCUGCAAGCCCAGCUGCUGAUGGUAUUCCGCUUAGAAAACAUUCUCCCACCAUGAAUCCAUGCUUUGGGGUGAAGAAGAACCAUGCCAGUACAGUUACCCAAAGGCCUCUUAAAGAUCGUGUCAUCCACCUUUUGGCUUUGAAGCCAUAUAAAAAGCCUGAAUUGAUUCUAUGGUUGGAGAGAGAGAAAGCAAAUCCAAAGGACAAAGCUGAACUUUCAUUAGUAUUGGACCAGGUAGCGAAGUUAAAUUCAAAGGACAACGGUUAUACACUAAAAGAUGAGCUCUACAAGGAAGUCCAACAGGAUUGGCCCGGCUAUAGUGACGAAGAAAAGCAAUUGAUUCGAAGACACCUAAUAAGGAAACGGCAACCAUCACAUUCUAGUCAGACCAAGAGUUUUCAACUCAGUUCUCCAUUCCAGAAGUCCUCAGGGGAAACUUCACCACAGUCGAGCCCUGUCAAAAAUUCUUUGUUGAAACGACCAGUGCCUUCAGAACGGACAGAUUCUCUCACUAGCAAGAAAAGUAAAGUAUUACAAUCCAAGAAUCACCUACAGCCUGUUUUGAAUGGACAUCUUCCUCAUUCAGCUUGCCUUACUGCCAUGGCAAAUUCCUGUGUAACUGUGAGAACCGAGUCCCAGAAAACUCGCUCUUCACUCCCUGUGUGUCAAAAUGAGUUUAACGAACCAUUUAAAAAGUGCAGCAACUUUACAAAAAGUGACUUAAACAGAAAUGAUAAAGAAUUCAAAGGCAGGAAUAUUACUGGUAGCCCUAGGAACCGAGUUGCCCAAGCGAGUUUAGAACAGACAGCUUAUCCUCAUUCAGAAGGUAUGGAACUCUCUGCUAGUCACAAUAAAAAAAAGUCCAAAAAACACAAAGAAAAGGUGAGAGAACAUACAAGACCAGAAGCAAGAAUGUGGCAAAAGGAGAAUCCGAUACAACCGGUUGGAAAACCAGACGAACAAGAUGUUGAAGAGCAUGAAACCACAAAUACAUCUGCAACCGCUAGUGCAACAGUGGAAAUGCCUGACUAUUUAUUAAAGUACACUGCCAUUACAUCUUUAGAACUGUGUCAAAACUAUCGGAAUGAUUUCAAUGCGGAGUACAGCGAAUACAGGGAUCUUCACGCGAGAAUUGGAAACGUAACUCAGCAAUUCAUACAGUUAGGAUCAAAAAUCAAAACACUUAACCCAGGAACAGAGGAAUACAAGAUUGUGGAAGACCAAAUAUUUGAAGAAUAUAGGAAGUUUAAAAAGACCCAUCCUGCAUAUCGGGAAGAGAAGGUUCGCUGUGAGUACCUGCACCGGAAGCUAUCUCACAUCAAACAGUUAAUACUGGAAUAUGACUCGAACCACACGUCAUGAUGGCGUUCACUGCCAAGACUUCGAUUUUUCAAAUGUUAGGACCAACUAGUUCUGGGCACAACACAAGAGAACCUAUUUGUCUGGAAAAUGACUUUUAAGGAGGACGAUUUUUAGCGUUUUUUUUUAAAAGAAACCUUUUGACCGUUGCAGUUUGAUCAUUGAAGAGAUACGACCUGCUAAUGAAGGACUGAGGGCCUCAGUGCUAGCAGCAAGGUUUGAAUACCUGUGAUUGACAUGUGAACUGAGCCAGAAACUGCAUGUUGUUUAUAUAUUUUUGCUAUGUAUAUAUGUACUACAUAACGAAACACAAAACCAGAAAAAAGUACUAUUGUAGUAUUUUGGAAAAUAUUUAUCUCUUCAACGAUGCCUUAAUAUGAAUUUAAAACUUAAGUCUGCCAUGCAUUUUAUGGGGCUAAUCUUUAUAUGCAGUGCAAAUUUCUGUUCAUAAAUUCAUCACCUAAGGUUACAAUCUCCUGCGUUUAUAGCUUCAGGCAACAUCAUUGAGAUAUUUAAGACAUAAGUACCCAGUUUUAGCAGUAAUAUUACUUAAGGUGUUUCUUCUUGGGAAUAAUACUAGUAUGUGUUUUCUAGUGACCUUUGCUUUUGCCUUAGUUUGCUAUUAAACCAGCCAGAAAUGGUUUAUUGUCAUUUGAUCCCAGGCAGUACAAUGAGUGUAUCAAAUAAAUGUCUUUCAAUAAGAAUAAUAUAUUCAUCCAAGAUUGCUUACAAAUCUUGUAUGAGAAGAAUCUUGUACAUGUUCACACUUCUACUAAUAUGGAUUUUUUUUUUGUAAUUGUAACUUUCAACAUUAUCAGAAAAACGAUCAACAUUUAUAAGGGAUAGAGCAUAACCCCAGUUGAAGAAAAUUAAAAGCCCAAUUUGGUAAAACUUUACUACAAAGUAUAUUGUGUAAUCUCCAGAUUGUAUGUCUGGUGCACAGUGUUUUUGAUGUGGAAUUUUCUUCUAUUUUCACUAUGUGAAAACGUGUUAUCUAAAUUGAUUUAUGCUACUGCAUCCUUGUGCAUGAGUCCAUACACCUGAGGUGUGUACAAAAUAAUUUAUUGCUCAAUUGUUUUUGCUUUUUUUUUGCACAAUCAAAACAGGAUGAUUUUAAAAUUUAAGUGUUUGAGGUAAAUAUACAAUAUACCGAAUCAAAGAUAACAAUG